AGCUUCUUUCUCCGGUUCCGAACCCACUGACAUUCUCACUCUCUUUCACUCUCUUUCUUUCACUCUUUUUCAUUUUCCACAAUGCCAAUCAACAAGGGCCCCACCACUCCUCCGCCCAUGAUCGGAAAAAUCGGCCCCUACACUGUCUUUGUGACGCCGCCUGCAACUCCCAAACCCGUCGUAGACCAGCCGGUUUUCGAAUCGCCACAGAAAGUGGCGGCGCCUCCCGUGCAGCCUCCGCCCCAGCAGUUUCAGAAGCCUGUUCCUGUGGAAAAUGGGUCCGUUUUGGGAUUCUUCAAGAAUGCCGUCACCAAAGUGCAAAACGCUCAUUCGAGUUUGGAUGAUCAUUUGGCUCGUUGGUUUGGAUUAAAUCAGUCAAAGUAUCAGUGGGCAUUGGAUGAUUAUUAUGAGAACAAGGGAUUGGAAAAAGAAGUUGGGAAAGCAAAAGAAAUGUCAAACAAAGUACGGAAUGUUUAACAUGCUUGUUUGGCUGAUUUUAACAUGAAGUGAGGAUGUGAGCUGAGUCUCUUUUGUAUACUAUAUCUAUGAUAUUUAAUAUAUUGGAUAGUGGAGAUUGAUCUGAAUAUUUGAAGUGAGCUUGUCCAAAAUCUGGGGAUCCAAUUGUUUGCAACAUUGCAGCUUGCUACGUACUGCAGUAGGCUAUGAGCUAUGUUAUGUGAUCUCAUAUUAAUUUUAUUUUCAUGCCAUGGUUUCGUUCAUGUAUUCCAUUAAGCUGCACUCUAAGUUAGGAUACUGCAAGGUUGUGGGCAUAAAUUGUUGAUGUAAUUUAUAUUCCGUUUUCCUUGUCUCUCAGUAAAAGAAAUAGUUUGCAACAAA